AUGUUACGCGAUGUUCGUCGGGAACAAAGGCGAGCGGUGUAUGAUGCGGCUGCUGGUGAUACUAGUGUUAGAUCUGGUGCUGGUGAUUUAAAUGGAGAAGAGGUGGCUGGUGAUUAUGAUAACGGUAUUCAAGAAGUGAUUUUUGUGAUUAAAAGUGUUGAUGCUGAAAUAUAUUUUUUUUGGUGGAUGGUUCUCGGUGGUUUUUUCGAAUAUGCUUUUCGGCAGCCACACGUGAUUAGUUUGGUUUUUAUUUUCGAUUUAUAUGCCAUUCGCCUUCCUUUCUUUCGUUUACUUAUCAUAUUUCUUUUUUUGUUUAUGUUGUGUGCUCACGAGAAGAUUUGUGAAUGA